UAAUUUUCGACACUUUCGUGAUUUUGUAACUCUCAGUUCCAAUGUCGGAAUCAAAAGAGUCAUCAAGAAAACGUGAAAAGACUAUGGUCGAUCUACAACCUUCCUGUUCCAACCUAAUAUCAUUGUUUGAUGAAUUUGUCAUUGAUGAUUCCAAAAAGGUUGGACAAAAGCGCGGUAGAGUUAAAGCUGAUUCAAAUGUCAACAUGAUUCCCAUACACAAGAUUCCUCCUCCUUCCCAAUGGUUUUCAGUUUAUAAUGCUAGAAAACCAAUGAUACAAAGAUAUUAUUACAAUUUGAGUGAUGGAAGAUUAUUACAACAUGUUGAGAAAGGAAUUUCAGAUAAGUUUUGUAUCAGCUGUGUAUCAUCUUGUUCCAAUCUAUGGGCAGUUAUCAUGGAUGAUGAAACUGAUUAUAGUGAUCAAGUUUGCAAGCUAUCACCAUCAUUUUUACCCAAGGAAUGGAUCAUGGAACAAUGGAGUAAAAACUUCUUCAUUACUUCUUUUGCCGGGUCCGAGAAUAAAACCUCUGUCGUGGUUAUGUCGAAAGGUACGAGGUAUACUCAACAAUCUUACAAACUAAGCCGAUCUUUCCCCAAGGAAUGGGUAAACAAGAAGUGGAAACAAGGUUUUCAUGUAACCUCGAUGGGUACUGCUGGAAUCCGCUGGUGUAUAGUCAUGUCUCGCAAUGCUGGAUUCACUGAUCAGGUGGUGGAACUUGAUUUCCUCUAUCCGAGUGAAGCAAUCCAAAAACUUUUGGAUAAGGGCUAUAUGAUUACAGCAACUGCGGCUUCAUUGGCUCAAUCGGCGGUUAUACUAAGUAUCCCGAGCAAGUUGCUCGGUUAUGAAACUCAGGAAACUCUAGUUACGCCUAAGUUUCCGAGGGCUCAUGUUGAGGGAAAAUGGCCAAAAAGCUUUUAUCUUUCUCAUUUGUGCAAUGGACCGAGAGUAUGCUGAUUGAUAUUACUUCCAGGGCCGUCUUUGAGGGCAUGCAAGGAAGACUACUGCGCAGGACCAAAAACUUGUUACACUAGAGCCUCGUAAAAUGUUUGUCACAGUUAAAUCCUAGUUAAAUAGAGCCUAUUUUUGUUUUGUCAAUGAUUGAACAGCGAGUAAUCUACACUUGGCCUCCAAAAAAUUGAGACGGGCUUGAUUACUUCUAGGUUCUUCUGCCCUAUCAUAUAACAUCACUUUCAAAAGACUAAUUGUACCAGCAGACUGUUGUAUAGUUUAUUUUUACUAUGUUUUCUGCCCUUUUAAUGAGACGAUAUGGGACUAAAUAUUUGCACUAUCUUUGCACAAAAGCACUUUUUUCUCUGUUUAUUAUUACUGAAUUCAAUUAUUAAUUUUGAACAAACAAAAGUCACAAACAAAAUGUUACAAGCAGAUCAGAGUAUUGGCAAAUUCGACGUAGCAACAACACCAUUAAUCCAAUGUUUUAAGGAAACAACUUUUUCUCAUU